AUGCAGCGAGACAAUCGCUCUCGGGACCCCGAGGGAUCUCGCCGGCGGUGGUACGAGUCUCGCGACCGCGAUCCGAGAGAUCAGGGAGAUUCGCGUCAGCAAUCAUCGCAGCCAUCGCAACAACAAUCACAACAUCCCCAACAACCAAACCCGCAAAUGAAUCAACAACACUCUCAGCAACGAGCAUAUGACCCUCAACGUUAUGAACAGUCCCCUAUGUAUCAACAGUCACCGCAGUAUCCACAAUUUCCACCACCUCCCCAGCAAUAUCAACAAUCGCAACGCUAUUCCAGCGCGCCGCCUCAGCCGGUGCCAGGAUAUAAUAACCCUUAUCAACCACAGCAUAAUCCACAACGACCUCAGACACCUUCAAGUGUUUUCUCGUCCUCAAGUGACACAUCGACAUCACUAUUAGAUAUCUCGCGAUACAAGGACACGAAACAGUUUGGUGGUGUUUUUGGCACAUUUUUCAAGGCGCCUUCGGACCGGGUCAAACAGCGUCUCCACAGAAAGAAGAAACAGAAGCGCCGCGUGCUCUACUUUGGCAACUCAUCAUCAUCUUCUGUGAACUCUGACCUAGCCUACGGACAGGGAUACGUCCGGCAACCAAAAAGCCGUACACUGAGCCCCCGAAGCCAAAGCCGUGCCUCUGGCCAAGGCUAUGCGUUUUCUCCAGGCCAUGGUCCGAGCCAAGGACAUCGGCGGCGCAGCUCAGGGGGGUCCGAUCGCGCAUCGCGACCCACGCCUCGGAAGAAGACCGCCGAUGAAGAGAUAAUGGCCCUUGGCCAGCAACUCUCUGACUUAGCGCGGCGGUCCAAGGAAGACGAACAACGCCUAUCCAGUCGAGGAUCAGGUAAAGGUAAGGCGGCUGCUCUGGGACUUGCAGCUGGCGCAGCUAUGGCAUCUGGCUAUGGCCGGCAGAAACACGGCUCACGAGGGUUGGGUAGCUCAAAGCAGCGCGUCGACACUUCGGAUGAUGACUCAGACUGGGAGGAUGCCUCUGACGAUGAGUCCUCUAGUAGUGAUGACGCUGGCUCUGCUGCCGACUCCGAGCUUGCAUAUGGCAUCGUUGGCGAAUCUAUUAAGCCCGCAGCUGGUGCCGCAGCGGCUGCAGGAACUGCAGUAGCCACACACGCUUUGGCUGGCUCUAGAAGGCCCUCAGGUCAAAGCCCAGUGUUUGACCCUCGGCGAUAUGGAGACCGGGGCUCUAUCGUUGACCCUCGCCUCUUUGGCCCCUACAACUCUCUUCGAGGCUCAAUUAAUACUCCCUGUGGCUUCCUGGAUGAAGAACAGGCUGCUGCAUACCGUCGCGACUCUGCUAGCCUAGAGACUGGUGGACCAAUUCAGAUGCGAGAUGUGUAUCCUGUUCCCAUCUCUGAUCCCUACAGAUUUGACAGAGGCCAGUUCCCAAUGUCUGACAGGCGCCAGGAUUCGUCAACUCGACCGGCGCCGGUUCCCUUGCAACAGCCGGUUCCCAAGCAGGCGGUCUCAUCAAAAGUUUAUAAUGCCGAGAAGUUUGAUGACACAAACCGCAGGGAACCUCGGCAGCGCAAAUCCGAGCUGCCCGACGGGAAGAGCUGGGCAGGAGUUGCUACAGCAGGCCUCGCAGCAGCAGCGGUCGGUACGGCUAUGGUAUCUUCAGCAUCCUCGCGAAAGGACAAUUCCGAGAAUCGUGAUGGGAGGAAACAUGACCGUGCUGAUCGAGACCGCCGUGAGCAAAAGCGCAUCGACCUAGAGCGCCAGAAGGCCCUAGAAGCAGAGGAACAAAAGCUCAAAGAGCUAGAGCAUCAAAAAGCUCAAGAGUUGGAACGGCAAAAAGUCCAAGAUCCGGAACGUCAGAGACUCGACUGGGAACAACGUCUGGCCCACCAUACCCAGCGACAGGAAACAUUGGAGGACGAGCGUGAACGAAAUGUGAAAUGGGAGCGUGACUACCGUGGAUCGGAUCCCGAGCCUAUCUUUCCCAAGUAUAAUGACGAGCGAAAAUCUUCACGACGAUAUGAUCAUGACGAUACCCCCACGGAUAGAAUGGAGGAGAAUGUUGGUGUUGUAGAUGUGCUUCAAAGGGAUCAGGGCGAAGUUGAAGCAUUCCAUAUUGAAUCGGGGCCGGAGUUCAAAGUGUUGCGUGAACCUGUCGUCCAAGCUGACGACAGCGAGCGUGAUGCGACUCAAGAUGGCCGUGACCUUCCUCUACCUGUCGGUGCUGGCCAUCGCCCUCUAAGCAACUCAACUCAAACUGUACAUGAGACUAUUGAUCCCUUCCAGUACCAAGUUGCGGACGAUGCGUUCACUGUGUCUCAAAGAACCACACCUGGGCGCCCUCUUACACCUAAUGUUGUCACCAUUGAGCGCGAGCCUAAUUUUGACGACUCGCCGCCAAGUUCUUCAGCAGCCGACGCUCGGUUAAGCCGACGAGACUCGUUUGAGAUUGAGCGCAUGGUUGACGAGUACCGUCGGGAGACUCACGAUCCAGCACAACGUCGCGAUACUCAAGCCGAUCAUGAGUUUGAAGAGGACGAGCGAAAGGCCAAAUCUAUUCUUGAUGAGGCCAAACAUGCCACAAUUCCUGUUGCAGCUGCCGCAAUAGCAUCCGCCGUUGCAGUCGAACAUGAGCGGUCUCAAAAGCAUGGACACCAUCGCUAUCCCACCAAUAGAUCUCAAGAUAGCUCAAGAGGUCGCAAAGAUACUGUGCAGGAGGAAGCCGACAGGUUCUAUCGUGAGGCCUGCAUCGCCCGAAAAAUCGCUUCUGACGAAUUGCGAUCCCGAAGUGCAUCCCCUGAGCGAUCUGUCGUCGACAAGUGGCAAGAAGAUAAGAAUGAUCCAUUCACAAUUGUCACACCGCCGAUCAUGGAAGACAAGCAUCCGGAUAACAUCAUGUUUGAUGGACCAGAUGCAGAUGUGAAGAUCGAUAAUAAGAUAUACCCCCGUGAAGAACGCCAUUUCCGAAACCUGGGUGACAAUUCUUCUGCUCUUGUCUUGAGGUCAAGAGAGCCUUCACGAGAGCGCCCUGUCCUCAAUCUGAUAUAUCCUACUCCUGCCACAAGUCGUCAACACACGCCAGCUCCUCAAGCACAAGGUGUAAGGCAGGCGGGUGAUGAGAUACCCACGCCUGAUGAGGUCAGCAUCGGACCCAAGGGUGAGAUCAUCUCUGCUAGCGAACUCGUGUCUGUUCCCAAAUCUGUCAGCUGGGGUGAGAACGAGACGAAGAGCUUUGAAGUAGAUACACCAGAGAACCGAAGUGAUUCUGACAACUACUUUCCUACUGAUAAAUCGCCCGACAAGCCGAGGCCGAAGCUAAACAAGGCCAGUCGCUGGGGUAUUCUUGCCGCGGCACUGGCUGGUAGCAGCGCCGAGCCACACAACGAACCUGAUUUUGUAGUGUCAUCCAAAACCCCAGAUAUACCCAGAAGCUUUCCAGAUGAAGCAAGCAGGGACAUCUCUGUUCACCGGGUUGAAGACGUUUCCGGUGACGAUACGAUGCACGAACCUCCAAUCCCUGGACCUAAACCUCCAAGUCCACAUCCUCAAAAGAUGCCUGGCGGCUUUGCAGAUGACUUCGAGUUUGCUGCCACGCUGGCAGCUGGCCUGAAGGAUACUGGCUUCAACCCCGACAUCGUCAUUGAUGACCCCUCCUACAGUCGGCGUGACUCUCCUCCAGGUGUUCAAGAGGCAAACGGUGAUUCUCAUGGCAGCACAAAUGGCAAUUCCUGGUACAAGCGACCUUCCGCCGAGAGCAUUCCCGAGCCUAAAAAUGAUAACAUCCCAAAACUUCUCCCCGAGCAAGGGUUUGUUCUCGGAGAGAUUGAGACCCCUCAGGAAACGCCUUCUAUUAGGUAUGAAGGCGAGCACGACAUCAAGCUUGACUCGCCAAAGCCUGAUGACGUGCCACUUCCUCAAGACAGUUCUGAAACUUCGAAGUUGAGCAAGCGAGAACCGCGCAAGCGAGACAAGUCCAACGUUGUCGUUGUUCAGGAUGAUGGAAAGAUUGAGAACAUCAAAACGGAGCCGUCACCUUCAAGGGAGGUCGGUGAAGAGGUAUGGGAAGAUACCACUCGCAAGAGGGUGAAGAAGGAUCGUAAGGGCCGCGAUUCCGAUGACAUGGGCCCAAGUACUUCGUCUACCAAUCACUACGCGAGCGACGCACCAGCCAGAGACACCAGAUCUGAUCAUGAAUCUGAAUCGAAGAAUACCCUUGCAGAAUACGAUCGCAGCCAGAGCUUCAACGCCGUGGAUAUCGCCAAGGUGGCUGUGCCAGCUCUCGCCUUGGGUGCGCUUGCCUCCUCAAGUUCAAGAAAAACGCCAUCUCGCGACGUUCGCUCUGAAGACGAGCAAGACGCUCCCAGGAAGUCGCGCAAGCCUCAGAAUGACGACGAUUACUACUAUGACGACGACAGGUCUCGCGUCUCCGCCCCUGUGAAGCCUUCGCAUCAUCGCCGUUCAUCUCGAGAAUUAUCCUCCCGAGACGUUGGAUCAGACGAUGAGCGAGAAGACCACAGGUAUUCAAGCAAGCACAGGAAGGACCGCGAUUCUCGCGACGAUGCCACAUAUCGAGAUUCUUCUACACUGGACCCCACUGAUCGAAGGUCUGUAAGACGAGGAGCAUCCCGAGAUCGUUCAAGAGAUCAUAGGUCUAGAGAAAGAUCCAGACAUGGGUCACGGGAUAGAUCUCGAGAUCGUUCAAGAGACCAUAGAUCUAGAGAAAGGUCUAGAGAAAGGUCUAGAGACAAGUCACGGGAUAGAACAAGAGAUCGAUCUCACCACAGAAGGCCUGAUGAUGAUGAGCGGCCAAAAAGAUCGAAGCGUCACACCUACAGCAAUGACUCCCCAACCCGGUCAUUAGCUGCCUCCGAAAUCUCUGUUGGUAGUUCAAGCAGCAAGAGAAGCAAGAGGUCGAAACGAAGGAGUGGAGCCGAAGAAGAUUUCGGCGACAGCAGAGAGAGCCCAGCGGAUCGAAGACGUGACUUCUUUGACGACCGAGAUGUUAGCUCUGUCGUAUCUGAGGCGCGUGGAGAUGACCGUCGGCGCGAGAGCGGACAUAGACGCAAGUCUUCGCGUUACGAUGAUGAUGAUGAUGAUGUGAAAUCGGUUGCAUCCAUGCCUGGCUCAUCUCGCCGGGACAAGGAGUACAAAGAACGCAGAACCCCUGAGAAGCGACCAAGCAAUAGUGUUCUUUCUAGCCUCUUCAAGUCACGCAAGGAUAAGAAGGAUUCUUUUUUAGAUAAUGCCGGCACCCUUGGCGCGGGUGUCGGCUUAGCGAGUGCAGCGGCCAUUAUUGCGUCUGAUGCUGCUCGUUCCAACGCCGCUGAGACCUCAUCAGAUCACGAGAAUUCUGUCUCUCGUGAUGGCCGGCCUCGUGCGCGCAGCUUCGAACUGGUUGACCCCGAAGUCGUGCCCCGUGUUAUCAAACCAGCCAUUGACCCUCAAUAUGGCGACCUCCUUCCGCUACCUCCCAGCGAACCAACUAGCCCUUCUUCUGGUCCGGAGGAACUACCCCCUCUUCCCGACAGCAGGCCUGACACGCCCCCAGAGGAGCGUAUAAUUCGGCGAGAUUCACGUACCCAUCAGCGACGUCGUAGCGUUUUUGACACGCCCACAAAAUCACCCAGCCGAACUGCUGUUCCUAUCGCCCUUCGUUUGGGUAAUAGGUCAAACCCCGCCUCUCCUGUUAGCUUUAAGGCGUCCCCCGCUAGUUCCCCUAUAACGUCUCAUUCGGAUGCUGUGGUCAUGUCAAGGCGAGCAGCUCGACCAACAUCCUGGGACAACAGUCGAGAAAUCAUGCCACUGUAUCUUCUAGAACACUCACGACACCAACAACCAACUACUGGCUCAGUGCUACCUGCGCUCCCACCUAGUGAACCUAGCGAGACUUCUGCAAGGAACUCACCCGAAUCCGAGUUCCUCAAGCAUAGUGACGAUUAUUUCGGCUCCGGUCUUGAUUUUACCGGCCCUGAUCUUCGUGUUGAUACCGCGCUAUCGGAGCAGCAUCCCAAGGACUCUGUCGCAGGAUCUCAGGAAACAACGCCUCGUGCGGAGUUUAUGCCCAUGCUCCCAGGCCCUCUCUCCUCUGACACUGCCAGAGAGCAUGAGAAGGAACCGACAACUUAUCUCCCGAUGCCUGCGGAAGUCAUCAGCAAGGAAACGGAAAGCGAUGUCUCUGCUGCAUCGUUGCCCUUUGACGCUUCUGACAUGGCUGUUCCUACCACUUUGGAAGGCCAGCAACGAACUCACUCACCCGCAGACAAAACAAAUGACCUUGCAUCUGCUGAUAAGCAUUUCUCGGACGCUCUCCAGGGUCUCGCAGAGCAGACGGCACCAAGAGAAGCUGUUUUCAAGUCUGUCACUGAGCCUGCUGCUGAGCCUGUUGCCGAGCCUGUUGCCGGGCCUGUUGCCGAGCCUGUUGCUGAGCCUGUUGCUGAGCCUCCCGCUGUUGAACCUAUCACCGAAGCCACGAGUGAGACUGCGCCUAAUUCUUCUACGAUUUCCGCCGAGAUUGCCACAUUCAAGCAACCUGUUACUCCCGAAGAAGAUGAAACUGUUGGUGCGAAUGACGAAGUCCUCGAGCCUAUUCUUGCAGACUUUUUGGUAGAGGAUAGCACUGGAGGACUCGCAAUUGGGUCCGCAGUUGAGAAUGUCACAACUCUGUCUCCAGAACUUCCGUCACAAGCAGUUGAAGAAACAGGCCCUGAGAUCAUUGAGCCUUUUAAUGGCCAGAACACCAAACCUGCUAUCGAUACGACUUACGAAAAACCCGAAUCCAUCAGAGCGCCGGACAGCAUAUUUGUCACAGAUCCCAUUGUUGAAGCAGUUUCAGUAAGUGAUUCCACCACGAAGUCCGCCGCCCAGCCUAUGGAAGAAAAGCGAACUAUCGAUAUUGCUCGCGACACCAAUACCGGGAUAACCAACCCUGUUACCGAGCCUGAAUCAGUUCCAGCUGUUGUUCCCUAUACGGAGCCUGCUACUCAAGAAUCGGAAACACCGUUUGUAAAGUCUGGGGAUGCCGUUGCCCAGCGUGCAGAAAAUGAGAUCACCACCGAUGAGUGGUCAACCAUGAACGCAAAGGAUAGGAAAAACAUGAAGAAGAAGCUCAAGAAGAAGGGACUUGAGCUGAUCAUUCAAGACUCUUUCAACGUUCCCGUCCCCGCUGCUAGCAAGGAUGACAAUGCCGUUCUAGGCGACGAGGCUGUCGUAGUGAAUGAAGCUUCUGAAACAAAGCCGGCUAUGUUUGAACUCGAGCCCACCCACGAAUCUACACCUCAACCCUUUCAGGAUUCUUCUACCGACCCUUUCGCCACCGAAGCCGUGAAGCCUCAAGAGCCUGAGGCUUUGCAUGGGGAACAGCAUACGAUCGCACAGUCUGAAGAAGUCCAGGAAGUCGUUGAGCAAAACAAACCAGUUGAGUCGAACUUAUUGGUGGACCAGGUAGCGGAAGAGUCACCAAGAGGGCUAGACAACGCCAUCGAAUCUUCUGCCAAUGCUCAAGCUACCGCGGAAUCGACCUCCAUCAUCACUUCACCUAUCGCAGAAGCGGCCCUUGAAGAGCGACUGGUGUCUCCAUCCAAGAGCAAGGAGAAAAACAAGAAAAGCAAGAUGCAGCAGCCAUCCGAAGAGGAAGCAAUCUCUGUAGAGCCAAUAGUCACCGAGGUUGAAGGCACAGGUCCAGCUGAAAUUUCCGAAGCUGAAAAAGAAGCGUUUGAUGCUUGGACGGAGCCAGUCGCGCCCAUUGAACCCUCUGCUGAAUCAUCUGAAACAGCUGCCCAUGGUGCCUCAGGUUCUAUGGCGGAACCACUCCCAGGGGUCUCUGUUGAGCCUGUCGGUGCAGAUGCAUUCGAUGCCUGGGCCCAACCAGAUACCAUGACUGAAAGUGUAGAUGCUCCAGAGAAGACACUGGAUAAAUCUACAAAAGCCUCCGACCCGGCUUCCGAAUCGCCCAUUGUAUCAGCCGAGGGUGACAGCGCCGCUACGCCCAAGUCAAAGAAGAAGAAAAAGAAGAAGAAGGGCGCCAGAGCCGAUGAUGAGCCAAUGGUGGAGAAACAAGAGAUGCCUCAAAUAGGAGAGUCUUUUGAAGUUGAGGACGUUGGUGACAAUGAAGCGAUUAAGAAUGCCAGCAGAAGCCCGAUGGAAGAGCCGCCCGUUGUGGUAGCUGAGCCCACCGACUUUACUCAAGACAAUGAGGCUCCGGACCCACAGUCUGUUUUGUCAUCAAAAGAUACUGAUCAAGUUCUUGAUCGUGGAAAGGCUUCUCCAGUUGAGGCUCCCGAGCCUGACGAUCCUGAGUCCAAAGAUGAUGUCGACUAUCAUCCGGCCGCUCGUGAUUCCCAGACUUCCGCCAAAGAUGCACGAAAAGACAGACAAAGUCAAGGAUACUUCCCAUCUGCUCUACGGGCACUCCCCGCCACGGCUGGAAUUUCCGCUUUCAAGAGGAUGUGGGGAUUCCGGGAUCAAGCGCAGACACAAAAUAAAUCGGUCGAACCUGAGCCUGAUGCAGUAAGUGCUGAUAAGUCAACGGUCACAGGCACUAGGUCUGAUAUUAUUACACCGAAACUCCAUCGUGACGCUCCCAGGGAUAGAGAGAUUUCUAGCGUAAGCGCUGGAAACCCAGAAGUUGCCGACGUCGAGCCAGACGUUUCCGCUGCUGAUACCGCUCCCGAGACGCAUGCCAACAAGGCGGGUCGCACCACAAUAGAGCCCCAGAUCUCUGAACCACUCUUCUCGCAAGGAGAUGCGCCGGCAGACGAGUCUCAAGGAACUUCUUUUGGACUGGAAUCCUCCCAAGUUGACGAAUCAGUCAAGGCUACAGGGGAUGCUAACCUCGACAUCCUUGCUGAGGAUGAAGUGACUACCACCAAGGACAGACAACUCACCGAGACACUCCCGAUCUCGGCUGUUGAGGAGGACUCCGCCGAAAUGUUAAAAGAUAAUGCCAUGGGUCAUCCAGCAACAAGCGUGGGGGAGGCAACAGCUUCUACUGAAACCGAGUCCGACAAAAUCAAACAAGAAGAUUCCUCGACGAUAACUACGGCUGAUGAUGUUAAGCACCCAGCACAUGAAUCUACUGCGGCUUCCUACAAGGAUUCAACAAUACCAGCUCAGGCUGAUCUUGGUCAGCUUGUCAAAGAAAAGCCUCUUGUUCCAGUCGAGGAUGAGGAUGUGGGACUUGUGGUAGCAGGCUCAGAAUUGAGCACAAAGCCCGUAGAAGCCAGCAUUGGAGAAGUGAUCAAAGAAGAUGCCAGCAAGAUAACUGGAGGAGAGGGUGCGAAGUCUAGUGUGGAAGCUACUGGCGAAAUUAACGAGGCGGAUGCAAUGGCAUUGAAGAAGAAGGCCAAGAAAAACAAGAAGAAAAAGAAGAACCAACCUAGCCAAGAUGAGGCUCCCAAGGAAGAAACCAGAGACACUACUACGGACGUUAAAAUCAGCCAGGAUGGAUCAGGUGCCGAAACAGCAGUAAUGUCUGGCAGAAAGAACCUUGAUAUCCUGGUGCCAGAUCCCGUGGUUGAAACUUCUGACUCUAUUGUUGAAAUUGCUUUCCUCAACCAGAAGCCUGAUGACGAGUCGACACAUAGCGUACUGGACGAAUCAGGAGUCAAGGACCAGCCACAGCUUGAUGACACGCCAGCUGAGAACCAAUCUCAAGAGCAGUCAUCCUUAGAUACUGCUUCAGUGGAACCGCAAACCAGCGAACGGUUGCAGACUGAUGAUCAGUUGUCUGAGCAUGGGCAUAAGGAAAGGCUGCCAAGUGACGCUGGGCCAGCUGAUCCUGAAAUCAAAGAACGAUCACAGAUUGAUGACAACUCAGCGGAGCAUCACGUUCCGGAUUCCUCUGAGAUCGGAAAAGAGCCAGUUGAGCCUAAAGUCGAAGGAUUGGUGCACAUCAGCGACGAACCAACUAAAUCGGAGCUAAAAGAACAGCUUCGAGCCGAUGGCCAGCCAUCUCAGCCUGAAGCUGAAGAGCAGCCCCAAAUCGGUGGUGAAUCGUCUGAGGUUGUGUUUAAGGAACGAUCGCAGACCGAUCUCCCAAUGGGGCUCGAUACCAAAGAACAGACACCUGCGUUUGGCAACUCAACUGUUCUUAAUAUUGAGGAUGAAUCACAAACAGCAAACGUGUCAGCUGGGCCCGAAUUAAGAGGCGAGGCACAGAGUGAGAAGCCGGUGGGCGAACAUUCAAUAGAUGAGCUACCCCCGCCUGCAGAUGAUGGUUCCCCUCAACUUGCUCUUGAUGAAGCACUGCCUCCAAGGCGACCAGAUACUCAUUCCCUGGAAGUGGAAGCCGCCAAGCAAGAACCCUCUCUCGCAGUUGGGAACCUUGAGGCGGAGAGCGAGAAGGCAGAGAUCGAAGCUCUGCUCGAGAAGAGAGCGAAGAGGAAAGGGCGACUUCUGAAGAAGGAUCAAGCACGUCUUGCUGCUCUUGAAGAGAGUGUCGCUCAAAGGUUAGCGGCAUCAGUCGUCCCUGAAGUCCGAGAGCAAGUUUCCGAGGAACUGGUGGACAUCAGCAAUGCUGAAGGACCCCAACAGGAGUCUGAAACAAUCGACACAUCAAAGAAAGCUGAAGGCACUCUAGACGAUGACAAACAACACUCAAGUGAGGAAGUGCCUACCGCCAGGCCUCCUGAUGUCGUUGAAGUCCGUGCCAACGAAGUUUCGACUGAAAGUGAGACUCGAGAUAUUGGACAACCGACCGAGACCACCGAGGCGGCAAAGUCACUGCCGGCUGUAGAAGGGACCGACGAAAACAUCGAUGUUAUUGAUACGGCUGUGACUACCGAGCCUCAAGAUGCUAUAGAAGCUCCUGAAGGCAACACCUCAGAGUUGGCGAGCACUAAGAAGUCAAAGAAAAAGAAGAAGAAGAAGUCGGUAUCUCUUGUUGAGAACGACGAAGUUCAAGGUGCAGCAAAACAGAGCAGCGAACCGCCUGUGGCAGUGUCCGAGCCCUUACGCCUCGAUGAAACUACAGCCGGCGUCAACGAAGUACCGGUUGCUGAGCUCGUUGCCGAAGAGGUCUCAGAUGAAGUGCCAUUAAAGGAUGCCGAACAGCCUGACAUACCUCCUGUGAACCAUCCCUUGGGGCCUGCAAAUGAGAGUACGGCCGUUGAGGGCGACACUGAAGCAACUUCGGCUGCUAUUAUGGAAGAGGCCGAGCUAGAGACCUCACCCGAUAAGAAGAGCAAGAAAAAGAAGAAAAAGAAGAAGGCCACUUCCUCUGACGAGCCUGAGAGGCAGCCUGAAGCCGAACACACACUCCAAGAACCUCCCGAGCCAACAUCUAAAGACUUGAUCUCUGAUGCAGCCAAGAAUUCUGCUUCGCAAGAAGCACAGUCUGACGUUGCCCAGACUGCAGAGUCAAGUGUUAUCGAACCUACAGAAACACCUGUCCAUCAAGAUGGUCCGUCGCCUCCCAUGGAGUCGGAAGUCAUAAACACUGUCGAGACUACCCCAGUAGAUGAUGAGCAGACACAGCCAGCUGAUGCCAAGACCACCGUAGAAACCCCUUCUGUCCAGGAACCAACACCAGCCACGGACAAGUCUGAUAUUGUAGCUCCCGAUAAGCCUCCCUCCGAAAAUCCUCCCGAAGCCGAGGAACCCGACUCACCGGCGAAACUGUCAAAGAAGGACAAGAAGAAGAAGAAGAAGGCCGAAAAGAAGAAGGCUGCUCUCGAAGAGACCCAGGAAACUGAAGCUGAGGCUAGCCUUGCUACCUCUUCUCAGGAUGCUGACGUUUCGGCCGAUACUAUGAUCCAUGUCCCUGCCGAAAAUCCUCAAGCCGCGCACGAUGAGACCCCUAAACAGACCGAUGAAAACGAGACACCUGACAGAGCGGCUCUUUUGGAGGAUAAAAUAACUCCUCCAGCCGACCAGAUCAAUAUACCAGAUACCGGUAAUUCUGGAGAGCUUCCAAGCGAAGAACCAGCUGGUCCUGAAGACGAGCGGGGUGGGUUAAGCCUCAGUCAAUCCCAGACCGACCAAAAGAAGAAGGCUAAAGACAACGAUUUUGAAAUCCUGCAGGACCCCGAGACCAACCGUCCAACGGAGCCGGAGAUGAUUCCGGAUCCGGAAAAGCAGGACGACGCCGCCGCCGCCGUGGAUAAGGCACGGAGCCAAGGACCUACGGAGGGUACAAAACGGAUGGAGGACACGAGCAGAGCUGGCGAUCUUGAAGCCCAUGUCGGGUCCGGGACGAAGCUGGAGCCAGAAUCGGAACCGGGACAGGAACUAGGAGGCAAUAAGGAAUUUGCAGGCUUGUCAAAAAAACAGAUCAAGAAGUUGAAGAAAGUCAAGGCUCUGGCUGCCUCGGAUUCCUCGCCCAAACCACAGACGCCAGAGGAAACCGGAGCCUCUGAAGAGGCACCAUCGGAACCAUCGGCUGAAACUGGAUUGGAAUCUGAACCAAAGCCACAGGUUCAAUCCGAGCCUGUUGCCCAAAGCUCUACCGAGGCAGAUCCAGAGCCUGACUUUAAGGAUGAGAAAGAAGGACUCCCGGGGAUCGAGGAGAUUGUACCUAUAAUUGAGCCCGUCAUUGAAGCUGAAUCCGAGUCCAAAAAUGAGACUCAAUCUCUGGACAACACCAAUAUUCACUCUCCGACUGGACAAGCCCUUGCCAAGCCUGAAGCUGAUGCCGCCAUUCAGGGAUCUCAACUUGACUCUACAGCCCCUGGACAGGAUAUCGUUGUUCCUGCGCCGGAGGUUGAUCUUGAGGAUCAAGUCGCUAAUUUUGGUAAAGGCCCAAUUACUAACAGUGCAAUUGAGCAGAAGAGCAUGGUGGAAAUCGAUGCCUCAUCAGAGUCAUGGGCUCUACCAAGACAGACACUCAAAGAAAGUGUUGACACGAUUGAGGUCCGUGGCUCAAAAUUUGAGGCGGGAAAAGAGGCAGAAGUCGCAACCAAGCCAAAUCUCUCCGAAGAGCUCAUCCAAGAUCCCACGCCCUCUUUCGAAAUGAAGCAUGUUACGACAGACAGCACGCAUGCCAUCCUACCUGAGGAGAUUGCUGCCUCCACGGUGCUUGAGUCUCCUUUGUUAAAUGAGCAUGCAUCGACAGACGCGCCUGUCGGAUCUGAGGAUGAAAUUGCCCUAGGACAAGCGACUGAUGAUAAUAUUGAGUCUAUUCUACAGCUUCCUGGAGCUUCUGCAAACUCUUAUCUGGACCUCGACUCCGUCGGCGGAAACACUGAUGCUCUACAUGGUCUCAAAGAAGGCGAAACAGACCAUACCCGGAAACUCAGUGUCACAAACACAAGUGCUUCUGGUGCCGUUGCCUGUGAUGUCUUAACUUCCUCACCACAGCAGAUUGCAACGAAGGCAGCUGAACGACCCCUGCUGGACAUAGAGUCUUUCGAGGAUCGCCCUUCACCGCCAGACAAUACUGAACGAGCGUCUAAGUGUCUGGAAAUUCCCGAUAUUCCCACGCAGCCCAAGUGGCCAAACUCAACCUCUCAACAGGCUCAUGAACAGUCGCAUACUCCACCUAUCUCACUCACCGUUCAAGCGAUUACCGAUGCUUCCAGUUCAGAGAUAACACCUACAGCCACUUCUCUUUUUUUAGAGGAUUCAGCAGACCCUGACCAUGGCUUGACUGACACCCCUGAAAGUUUGUCUGCAUCUGAGAAAAAGAACAAGAAUAAGCAGGAGGCCCUCCAUGAAGAUGCCGAUCAGGUGGAGGAGCCAAGCAAACCCGCAGACAUCGACAUCGCUCCAAACCUCGCAGUCGUUCAUGAGUUGAUAACACCUGCGAAUCCUCCGGCAGACUUGGCAAUUAUUGCUGCAUCCACGUCUGACUCAAGGGCAGGCUUCGGAGUAUCUGGUUCCCCUGUGUCUUCCGCAGAAUUCGAAUCAAUGAUCCCUCUUCAGACUGCUGCCAACAUAGGAAAUGAGAAACAAGAUGAAUUUACGAAGCAGAGAACGACAAAAGCCUCUUCCGAAUCUCAUCAUGAAGAAGCUUCUUCUGAACCAUCUCAUGAGCUUGCUAUUUCUCAUCGCACACUCAAAGCAGUGGAUGGUGUAGGCGUCCAAGACUCUGAACCAGUCAACGAGGUCGAUGAGAACCAAGUGGCCAAGGGUCUCGCGAUGGCGCGUCCACGGUCUCGACAAAUACCGGGGUCGAUUCCGCCUCAUACUCCAAACCAGGUGAUGGACAUUACAGGCGACGAUUAUCCUCAUUCCUCAGGCGCUCAGCAAGCUGAGAAUGAGUUUACUGUCGAGGAGUGGGCAGCCCUUUCUUCCAAGGACAGGAAGAAGAUGAAAAAAAAGCUAAGGAAGAUAGGUCUUGACCCAAUCAUUCAGCCUUCUUUUGAACCGACUCAUUCAACUGGCAAACAUCUGCCCGAACGUACGUCCGACACUAGCCCUCCUAUAUCUCAAAUUGAAUCAGUCAGUGGUAGUGGUGGUGGACAACUUGUGGAAGAUCCAGAGGCGUCAAGGACAUCUACCAGUAAAGAUAAUGUUGGAAAGAAAACGACCUUCGAGGUUCGCAAUGAUGGCAUCCACGAGGUCAUUCUCGCAGACGCAGUACCUGCACCUGAGACACGAUCAAUCCGCGAGACUGAACCGGAUCUACAAACGCCGCUGAAUGGUGAUACUGGACCUUCUCCUAUACAGGAAACCAAGAGCAACGACACAAAGACGGACGAUGAAGUUCAGGCUUUGACCGAGACACAAACCAUCGCAGAGACACCUGUAAUUUCUGGAAAAGAUCAACACACGCCUAAUAUGCAGGAAGACGUUCAUGACUCUCUACUGUCCGAAAUUGCAAACAAACAGCAGCUGGGAAACGAUAGCGUGCCAAUUCCAUCGUCAAAAUGGGAAUCUUCGUCACUGAAUUUGGAGCACUUGUCCAAGCAUACUCGAGAGAUCGAUGGCGAUUUUGUCAGCGCUACAUGUGCAGUAGAGAUGCUGCCACAACAGGAAACAGGAGAAGUCAAUGAUGAGGUGGUACCGGUUAUAGCAUCUGACUUUCUGCCAGAGGAGAGCAAGGAAACCGGGGAACACGAUGAGCCUGCCCUUGUUGCAGCCGAGAAUUUCCUCUACAGCGAUGAGCCAGCCAAUUCUACUAGGACUGAGACGGACCAUGAAACUUGUCUUCAUUCUGCUGAGCUUGUUCAGAAGCAUCAAAUUGACAGCAAGCCCUGGGACAAGUAUGAGGCGGUUUCAUUCACUCCAUCAACAGAUCACUCCCCAACCAUGAUCGACCGUCCAGCACCUAAAGUUCUACAAGAAUCCCCCAAACAAGCGAUGAGCCUUGAUUUGGCUGAAGUCAGUAACACUGGUAACUCCGCCGAGGGUUCCAGAGCCCAUCUGGACAGAGAAGGAAACUCUAGCCUACGAGCCGUUACUGUCAAAGAGUCUGAUGAAGCUAUGCACACAGGCACACUCACAACCUUUAAGGAACCGGAGUUGUUGGAGUCAACGGAACGUCGGCAUGAUGUAACCACGCAAUCAGCGACAGAUAUCCCUGAUUCGAGAAAGAACACCUUAGAUGUUUCUCUACUUGAUGCACAAGCUGAGCCGUUCCAGGAAGAUCUUGUCGGUAUCAGGCCAGGCGAUGAGAAUGCCAUACUUCCAGAGAAGGACGAACAGAAGAAGCAGCCGGAGCCGAAUUUAGAUACUGCUCCUUUCGUACUAAGCGAUGCCAACAAAGACUGCGCAGUCUUGGAAGAUGCCCAAACACAACAGGAAACUCAAAACCAGCCAAAGCCUGCCGAUACAAUACUGAACGAUCCUCAUGGAACCCAACCAGGAACCGGACUACCAACCACUGGCCAGGCUAAGAUUGAUGUCAAAACAGCACCAGCCGAGUCGGGCCAUAUCUUCCCGGAGCUUCAACCACCAUCCGGGGUAAUGCCUAUGACAACCACAACUGAGAUCGAAAGAGACUGUCACCGCGCCGUGCCUGACGAAUCAAAUGUACCAUCAAUGCGAGUUGAGGAAGCUGCUCAGAUGGAAGUCUCAACCACGCCGCGUUCCCAGAACGACAAGAACAUAAAAACGGGCUACGCUUCAGAGACGUCAAUCACAGGAGAGAAAGCUUCACCAGAGCUAGCAGUCUGGAAACGCAUCGAGUUCGCCGGAGCUUCUGGCGGUAAAUCGACUCCGGAUGAUUCAGAUAUUGAUGAUAAGGCCCAAGUAGUUGUGCCAAACCUCUCACUUGUGCCCGAGUCCUCGGGAACCGACCAGGCACCGCAUCAGGCCACACAAGGAAAGCAGCACCUCGAAAGCAAAUACAGGGAUGACCCUGUUGUUGACUUAAUGAUUGCCCAGAAGGAAGAAGCGAAUGCCCCCGUUCAAGAUUUUGGUACUGGAAAUCCCGCUGUCAAAACUGCACAAAGUCCUCAGACAUCGACAGGUAGAUAUUCUGCUAUCGGCAAAGGCGGGCCGUCGCUGGUUCAGGUUGAGGCAAAUGCAUCUAUUGGGCCCUCACCAAGACAGCUCUAUGAACCUUCACCUGCUGCCACAGAAGAUGCGCUUGUGAAGUUAGCCCCAAAGAAAAAAAAGCAGAAGCAAACGGAUCAUGGAUCUAUUGAGGCAGCAAGAGAAGGGAAUCAAGGGGCGCUAUCCAAUCAAGCUGUUUCUGACCAUCUUGCCGACAACCACCUUCUCUCAGAACCGAAUGCCCCAGCUUCCAAAGAGCUUGCGACAACGGAAGUGUUAGACGAUUCACAGCCAAUACCGGUCAAGACGGAAUCUGGGAAUAAAGAAGAAACAGACCAGCAGCCACGGUACGGUAGCCUAAUCCAUACCGAGCCUUUUCAGCCCCAAUUGGCAAUCGAAUGUCAGUCAGAUACAGCCGUUCAAGCUGCAUCAGGUCCUGGAACAAGUGACAACGCUCCUGCUCCGACAAAAGAUGGUUGCAUAGACCCAGAAUCCCCUGUGGUAACUCCCACCCUGCGACAUAUCCCCGCAACUACACUCGUACAUGAGACAGUGGACGAAGAUACGGAGAUGACGCCAGCUUCCAAGAGUCAUUCCAUUACGGCUUGGUCGGAGGAGAUGAAAUCGAGUGAGGAUGCACCGUCCAGAGGCGUGGCCUCUGAAGAGACAAGCAGUGCCUCCAAUGGGCCAUCAAAUUUGACAGCGACAGUGACAGAGUCGCCUAGUAUCAAAUCUAAUGACAAGUCGUUGGAGAAAAAAAUGAAGAAAGCGCAGAAAGUAGGGUUGGAAGCGAGAUCCGCUGGGCCAUCAGUCUCUUCGGAACAUGCACCUUUCAUUGAUCGAGAUGCUCAGUUCUCUUCUGCAAAUGAGGCAACACAGUUGAAAGAGAUUGACAAAUCAUCGUCACAAGAAACAUUCGAUGCAAAAGAGGGAAAGAAGGUCUUGAGAAAACCCGAGUCUACUUCCAUGUUUCCGAAAGGACCUCCCGAUGCGAACCCACCAGCCGUCAAAGAACCUACGGAUCAGCCUGUACGCUCCCCAGAAGCUACAGCCGCCACCUCGGACGUUUUGAAAGAUGAGCCAGACCUGUAUAAAUCCAGCAAGCCCAGUACAUCGACUUUCGCUGGAAUGAUUGCAGCCACCGCCGCGACGUUCAGCUCUGCCAUGUUCGGGGACUGGAUAGAGGGCGACAAGAGUAAAGGCGUGAGACAAGAAGAAAAGAAACCCGAAAGCAGGGAUGAGGCACUGGAAGAAGGGAAAAAGGAAUUGCAGAAUGAUAGCAAGGCAGCAACAAAGAACUCAAAUGACGCCAAGUUACCCGUAAAAGAUAUCGACAAAAGGGUACAGGGAGAAACCACAACGCACCGAGAAGUCCAGGAUGCGAGGAGGAAGAGACCAGAAAAAGACUUCGCUAGUGGUGGUGCUGACCACAAGGAAAAGCAUUAUGACAUUGCUACAGAUGCUAAAGACAAGAGCGAACCAGCAGAGAGAAAACCAAAGGCUUCAAAAAAUACAAACAAGGUCGCAUCGUCUGUUCACAAGACGUUGUUCGAUGCGCCAGGAAAGAGUAGGCGCUCGGAGAGCUACGAGGGAACAUCGGAAGUUCUUGGCACAUCAAAAGGUCCUUCGACGAACCCAAAGAAAGAGCACAAAUCAACUUCGCGGCAAUUAUUUCCAGAAACGUCAGACAUAAUGGAAAGUCCGGUGCUUGGCAAAGGAGAAUUGGAGCUGUUGAGAAGCUCCCCUCAGCCUCUUCUUCGUCGUGGAUCUGACGUUGAGGAGCCCAAGAGCGGUCUGUUACGAGAGGAUAGCAAGACAUUUACACCACUGGUGGGCUCGGAAUCGGAUAUUAGUGAUCUACGCCGAUCGCCAAGCAGACUCUUGGAGCCAGUCCCAGAGGUUCCCGAGGCCGAAGUUGAGUCAGCCAAGGAUGCAUUCUCAACACCAAAAGCAAAACGCGACAGCGCUCCUGUUGGCGAAGCAUUGAGCUUCCAGAGACGAAGUAGACGCUUGAGUGAAGAGUCACAUCGUGACAGCGGAUUCGGAGGGGAUUUAGCAACUCUAAGGCGAAGCAAACUUGCCAGUAAAGAGGCUUCACGCGACAGUGGAGUACAUCCCGAAGACUGGGCUGAAAGGGAAAGUCAGAUACAGCCAGUUGCAGACCGAACGGUGUUGGAAACUCCCGAUCCGCCGAGCGAGCGAAGACUUCGUCGAUCUCCGCGAGGUACACCGGUGUUGCGAGAGCCUGCAGCACCUGGACCAACACCGGAACCAGAAAAGAAGAAACAAUAUGGGGCUCUAACUCCAGCUGGCACGGCAGUCGCCGCCGUUGGAGUGGGUGCGGGCUUAGCGGCAGCCCUACGAGGAACUGAGCCUUCGACACCAGUUCCAAUUCCGACUACGAGUCCCAACCCGAUUUCAUCAUCAGUUUCUGGUCAGAGAAGCGCUUCAGACAAUGCCACUCCUUCUCGCCGGUCAACACCUCGUCUUGAGGGUUCAGGGCGUCGAACUGUCUCUAACACCAGCCUCUCUCGGCGUCGGACCCCGGAGCCGCUUAAGUUGAGGCCUGAUAGCCCAGGCAUCAACCGCUCCUCAGGCACCCCCACACCGCCCCUCCGCCGUGUUGACAAGCGAAUGAGCAGUGAUUUGCGGGCUCUUCGUCAACAAAACACCACCGCCGCCGCACCCGUCAGUUCCACGCCUGUCGCAAAUGAGGGUCGCGCCCGUGCCAAGGACAUGGCCGACGUCUAUGAUGGCUUUGGUGAGGGUCGCAUCGGCUCGCCCCGAUCACCAACCCGGCCACACAGCAUGCGCCGCCGACAAAGCAUGCAGGUCCUUGAACUCGAGAAUAAGGUCGAGCAGCUAAUGGCCGAGAACCGAAUGCUCACCGAAGCCCGCGCUAUGGCUGAGACGAGCCUUAGUCAACGAGCCGCCAGCAGUUUAGCCGAUCGCGAUGCCGAAAUCGACAAUCUCAAGCAAUCAUUACAAUUUCUUCAGAACGAAGUCUCUAGACUUUCAGAAGUUAACGACGGUCUUGCAAGCGCCAACGCCGAACUUGCAAGCAAAGACAAUGGUCGUGUAACUGAUCUUGAGAGUCGCAAUGCCGCUGUCGCGCGUGAGCUGGAGGAAGCUCGACGCGAAAAAGGCAACACUGAACAGUCUCUUGAAGCAAAGGACGCAGAAAUUGCCGAGCUUCGCGCCAAACUUGAUUCUGCCAAGGAGAAAAUUCGUGACCUUCAGCGCCAGAUUUUAGAAGCCAAGGCUGGCGACGAUCAUUUUCUCAACAUCCGCGACGAGGAUCAUUUUGACCAUCGUUGCCAACAACUUUGUUCCCAUGUUCAGCAAUGGGUGCUUCGUUUCUCCAAAUUCUCUGAUAUGCGCGCCUGCCGCUUAACAAGCGAGAUAAAUGACGAGAAGACAAUUGAUCGACUCGACAACGCCGUACUUGAUGGAUCUGAUGUCGAUGUUUAUCUCCGGGACCGGGUGAAGAGACGCGAUAUCUUCAUGUCCAUGACCAUGAACAUGGUUUGGGAAUUUGUCUUCACUCGCUAUCUUUUUGGCAUGGACAGAGAGCAGAGACAGAAGCUUAAGUCACUGGAGAAGCUGCUGACCGAAGUCGGCCCCAUCGAAGCGGUACGCCAAUGGCGCGCCGUUACCUUGACUUUACUGGCGAAGCGCGAAAGUUUCAAGCGUCAACGUGAUCUGGAUACAGAGGCCGUUGUUCAGGCCAUCUUCCAAACACUGUGUAAGAUCCUCCCACCACCGUCGAACUUGGAAGAUCAAAUUCAAUCGCAGCUACGACGUGUCAUGAGAGAGGCCGUUGGUCUCUCGAUCGAGAUGCGGACGCAAAAAGCUGAAUAUAUGAUGCUGCCGCCUUUGCGCCCUGAAUACGACGCGGACGGUGAGCUUACCGCAACAGUUCAAUUCAACGCAUCAAUGAUGAAUGAACGAAGCGGCAGCAUAACAACCUCAAAUGAAGACCUUGAGGCACAAGGUGCCAUCGUUCGGGUUGUGCUUUUCCCACUUGUCGUCAAAAAGGGGGAUGAUAAUGGCAAAGGCGACGAAGAGAUAGUUGUAUGCCCUGCACAGGUUCUUGUGCCCCGCUCCAAGGGUCUGUUUGGUGGUGCAAGUGAUGGUGGAAGCACUUCCAUCGGCGCUAGGAGUCAUAUAAGUCUUGUGACCGAGACAAUGGGUCAAACUGAGGUAGAUUAUGUAGAUUAA